AUGCUUCAGGGUGACACUCCUGAAAAAGGUAACUUCACCCUUAGAGGUGGCGACUGGAUUGGUGCAUUAAAUAUAUUUUCUUUGUGCAACUCUCAAUUCUUUUCCUUCACAAGGGGAAAAAAAAAAGAUUCGUAUCAACCUGAAACCACACAGUGCUGUUCUUCAGAGGCAUGCCAAACAGAGGCCUACCUAUCUAACGCAAGCGAGCCUCUUCUGAAGCAGUCACCUUGGAGCAAUCAAAGUAGUGGCUGGAGCACAGGAAAUAUAUCCUGGGGAGGAAUGCAUGGCAGAGACCAUCGUAGAACUGGAAACAUGGGAAUUCCAGGAACUAUGAACCAAAUCUCUCCUUUGAAGAAGCCCUUUUCUGGUAAUGUCAUAGCUCCCCCUAAAUUUACUCGCUCUACUCCAUCGCUGACACCAAAAUCAUGGAUUGAAGAUAAUGUUUUCCGAACUGACAACAACAGUAACACUCUCCUACCCUUACAGGAUCGAAAUAGAAUGUAUGACAGUCUGAAUAUGCACUCUUUGGAAAACUCCCUUAUUGACAUUAUGAGAGCAGAGCAUGAUCCACUUAAAGGUCGUUUGAAUUAUCCACAUCCAGGGACUGACAAUCUUUUGAUGUUAAAUGCAAGGAGUUAUGGGCGAAGACGAGGUCGUUCGUCCCUCUUCCCAAUAGAUGAUGGUUUGCUGGACGAUGGUCAUAGUGAUCAAGUUGGUGUCCUGAAUUCACCUACAUGCUAUUCAGCUCAUCAGAAUGGAGAACGGAUAGAACGUUUUUCCCGCAAAGUGUUUGUUGGAGGUCUUCCACCAGACAUUGAUGAAGAUGAAAUUACUGCUAGCUUCAGAAGAUUUGGCCCUCUGGUAGUAGACUGGCCUCACAAAGCAGAAAGCAAAUCCUACUUUCCACCUAAAGGUUAUGCGUUCCUCCUCUUCCAAGAGGAGAGCUCUGUUCAGGCACUGAUUGAUGCCUGUAUUGAGGAAGAUGGAAAGCUCUAUCUAUGUGUUUCCAGUCCUACUAUCAAGGACAAGCCAGUUCAGAUCCGUCCGUGGAACUUAAGUGAUAGUGACUUCGUGAUGGAUGGUUCACAGCCUCUUGAUCCCCGAAAAACAAUUUUUGUUGGAGGAGUCCCUAGGCCAUUAAGAGCUGUUGAACUGGCUAUGAUCAUGGACCGUCUCUAUGGUGGAGUUUGUUAUGCAGGAAUUGAUACUGACCCUGAGCUGAAAUACCCAAAAGGUGCUGGACGUGUUGCUUUUUCCAAUCAGCAGAGUUAUAUUGCUGCCAUUAGUGCUCGGUUUGUCCAACUUCAGCAUGGCGAUAUUGAUAAACGAGUGGAGGUAAAGCCAUAUGUGUUGGAUGACCAGAUGUGUGAUGAAUGCCAGGGUGCACGAUGUGGUGGAAAGUUUGCUCCUUUCUUCUGUGCCAAUGUCACUUGCCUGCAGUAUUACUGUGAGUUUUGCUGGGCAAACAUCCACUCCCGUGCAGGACGUGAAUUCCAUAAGCCAUUGGUAAAAGAGGGGGCUGACCGCCCACGUCAGAUCCACUUCCGCUGGAACUAAGCAUGGUGAACCAGCAUCUACAUAAGGAAAGAAGGGUGCAUGUGGCUUACUGUGUUUGAAGAUACCGACAUGCAGAAGAAAUAAGUGCAUUCUUCUGCUUUUCACCCCAGCUCUCAAUACAUGCAUCUUUAUCAGCAGCCAAAACACUACAAGCCUCUUGUUUUUCACCAAAACCCUACAUCUCAGGCUUACUAAUUUUUGUGAUAUUUUCAUGUUAAAAAUAAAAUGUUUUUUUGUAUUUUCUCCAAGUUAUUUUUAUAUGUAAAGUUAAAACUAGAUAUGAGAAUGUUUUUUCGUAGGGGCACACAGUCUGCUGCUAUAUUUAGUGGGUGAAGCGUGCACUUAUUUCUAAACAUGGGUUUUUAACUUCAAGAUCUGCCCCAGUAAUUUACCAAAGGUAGCAAAAUAGUGAAGAUGGAAUAUGUCUGCUACAAAAAGCUUAUUUUUAUUGUUGUUGCUAUUUUCAGUGUAUACAUAAACUAAAAAUUAGGGUUGAUUUUUUGCUCUCCAUUUUGACUUGCAAGAAAUAAUACCUCAAGAUAAUCUGAUUUAUUAGCUAUUUUUAAACAUUUUUAAUCACAAGCUGUAUUAGCUUUGCUGCUAUAUAGGUGUUAUGUGUAAUGCCACCUAUUAAUACGGGAUUGAAACGUUUAAGACACACUGCAUUACAGAGAAAAUGCAGGCAGCACAAUAUGGCCGAAACUGCCAUAGUUUUAGAAUGUGAAAAAACUGCAUGUUUACUUACCUGUAUACACCAUAUGCAUGCACUAGAAUUAUUAAUUAACAAGAGGUGAGUUAUUGCAAAUGUUCAGAAAAGGCUCUCUUGAAUCUAGGUAGCAUGAACAAAUUUACAAAAUUUGUUACAAAAAAAAACUUGCAUGCAUUAUUGUGACUGAAGUAAAAAAAAUGUCCUACAUGUGUACAAUAUGCAAAUUAGUUUUAG